AACGUGCGUUUCCCUGCGCAUUCAAAUUAAAUCGACAAAAUCCGUUAUCGUACUUAUGUACUGUUCGCGAUAGCGGGUGAUUGCUUCUUUGUCGCUUCUCUUUGUCAGAGGCCUGAUUUACCUCGAAAGGUGUGAAUUCUUAAUUAAAGUGUGGUGUAAUGUACGAUUUUGUCAAGGGACUAUAUGCUAAAAUGAGUUCACGGCCGCAGUCCAAAGCCACGAAUUCCUGCUUCGAUAAGCUUCGUUACAUCAUGUUACUCGCCCCAUUUCAACCAGCAACGAGGAUCGAACUAGAGACCAACGUAAACACGAGUACAGAAUGUUAUUUAGAUAUAAAAAAUACCAGCGACAAAACAUUAAAUGUAACUAUAACAAAAGUGCCAGCUGCAGAGCGUCAGAUUGCUCUGAGUUCCUCUGAAUUAGAAGUUGAGGGGAAAAGCAACGGCACAAUAUGCAUUAAAUGGUCCCCGAAGGAAGCAGGAUGCUGGCGAGAUGUGUUGCAGCUUACAGAUAAUAGACGAAUUAAGUACGAUAUAGUUUUAGCGACCACUGCUAAAGAUAAUAAUAAGAAGAGUAUUAAGACAAAGAGGAAAUUGCCAAAAUCAUCAUCGUCGAAUCUUUCUGCGUCAACAACAAACAAAAAAUUCUAUCAAAACAAUACAUUGCAAAUUCCAACGUUUUGGAAACCCUUGGCUCCUAAUCUUGAUGAACUAUCAAAACAAUAUAAAUUAAGACGCGAAAAGGAUCUAAACAAGGAGAAUAUCUUCAAUGGAUAUAAUGAAAAUUACGCAACGCAAGAAAAAGAUGAUAGAAUCAGUGGAACUUACCAAAAUCAUAACAAACCAGAUGGUGUUAUACUCGAGCAAAACCUGAGCGGAUGGAACAAUGAAAGUAUUCUGCCACAGGUAUUUUCUACAAACGAACCGCAGGAUAUACGUAGAGCCACAUAUGUCAAGGAAAAGAAAGCUUGCAAUGGUAUAUUGUUCGAGCACAACGAAAUCAUGGAAAAUACAACUUGUGACAAUGACAAAGUCCAUUCUGAUAUUUCCAUAUUGCUGAAUAAAUUUACAUUUGCACCUGCGGAUGCAGCUUCGAGUUCUCCGGAAUCGACGAGAAGGGAAUUAGCGGAAUCCACGAGUUUCUCGCAAAAUACAGAUAAAUAUACAACGUUCAACAUCAGUCGCAGUCAUUUAUUUGAAACAUCUACAACAACUUGUGAGAAUGCAAAAAUUCUCAGUAAUGCACUACUUGCAUCGCAACCAGCAGGUUUGCACCACUUGUCGCCGAUUAAAUCUGACGGAUUUUCUCUCAUGACCGAUAUCAAGGACUUAAUUUCAUCGUCACCGAUUGCCCAACAUCAUGAUAAAAAUUUCAACGAACAUUUGACGCAUAUAAAGAUGGACCCGAGUAUAAAAAUAAAUGAUGAUUAUUUCAGUUUUGAAAUUAUUCCUGAGAAAAUUGAACCUGCUAAACAAAUGGGGGACAUGUAUAUUGAGAUUUCUCCACCGAGGAAGCAUUUCCAUUCAAAAAACGUGCCGAUAUCGGUACCAAAAUUAAAUAGCACAAGAAUUGGUAGAAUUACAAAGAACAAAACUUUGUGCGAAGGAGGAAGUACAAAGAAAUUGGCGAAUUUACCUGUUAUAAAAAAGAGUACAAAGAAUGUAGCAGCGAUCAAAAUAAACAAGUUGUCUCUCAGUACCUUAAAUAAGACAAAAUGGCAUACUUCUUCAUUUAUCAGAGAACCCAGAUACAAAAUGCAGGAUAAAGAAGGAGCCUUCAUAUAUGAAACAUUUGAAUUAGAUCCCUUUGCACCAUCAACAACAGAAGAUCCAUUUCUUAAAAAUACAGUGCACUAUGACGAGCUAUGGCUGCUGCAGCAAGAAUUUGCAUUCACAAAAUGGUUGAACGCUCUGCUAUCUUCACCAGAGGAUUUAUCCGUCGACAUUGAGACUGCCGUAACAGACAUCGGCAAAGUGUGGCAGUCGUGCAAAGCACAAAAGAACCCUAUACUGGCUGAAACUAAGGAAGCUGUGUCUGCAAGAUAUCACACUAGCACCAGGUUGAACACUCUGCGGAAAGCUGCAAGUGCUAUGUUCAAAAGCAGUGAAAUCACCAGUGUUCUCUCACGCAUCAACAUGUACAUCAUCAAAGGAACUUUGUCCAUCAGAUCGGAUCGUAAUUUACAUCGUGAUAUUGGCUUGCAGAAGAUCAUAUUGUCUCUGUUCCUGAACUACAAUCCCCUGUGGCUGCGAAUCGGCUUGGAAACCGUCUACAACGAAAGCAUUCCGCUCCGCUCGAACAACGACAUCGUCGGCCUGACUCGCUUCCUGUUAACGAGAUUCUUUUCGGAUCCGCAACUGAUCAAGCUGCCCGGUUACCACAAGACCGAUCCGCACCAGAAGGUCGUCACCAAGUUGAACCAGUUCAGCCUGAAGAAGUUCUUGUACCUAAUAUACUUCCUGGACUACGCGAAGCAGCGCAAACUGAUCGGCCACGAUCCUUGCCUGUUCCACAAGCGCGCUCAGCACAAGGAGAGCCGGGAGAUCCUGCUGAGCUUCUCGCGCGAGCUCCUGAGCGGCAUCGGCGACGUGACAAGGAUACUGCGGACUCAGGACUACGUGCUUACCCAUCGGCAGAGCUACAUCGAGGAGUACGAUUACGCGGUGACGGACAUAAGGUGCGAUCUGCGGGACGGCGUGCGACUCUGCCGCGUCAUGGAGCUCGUCACCGGCGUCCGGGGAUUGACCCAGUGUUGCCGAGUCCCAGCGAUCUCGCGUCUGCAAAAGGUAUACAACGUGGACUUGGCGCUGAAUGCCUUGCGCCAGGUCGGCUACGCCCUGGAGGGCGACGUGGACGCGAAGAGCGUCGCCGACGGCCACUGCGAGAAGACUCUGUCGCUCCUGUGGCAGAUCAUUCACAAGUACCAGGCGCCAAGGUUCGAUCGGGCCGCCCGCGUGGUCCAGAAAUGGUGGCGAGCGCAGCUUUGGUACGUCUGUGUGAGGAACUACCUGCGUUCUCGCAGAAACUUCGCAGCCCUCGUGAUCCAACGCGCGUGGAGACGCAAGACGACGCCAGCCCGGACCUGUCUCGACCUUGAAGAGCGCGUAAGGUAUAUACGCGUCAGGACGGCCACGAUACGUCUUCAGAGAUGGUGGAGAACGGUGCGAGAGACCAGGGAGGAGAAGCUGAGAGAGCGGAGGAUGAAACGCGAAAGGGUACUCUACAUGCAGAAGAGAUGGCGAGUCGAGUUGCUGGUGAGACCGCAGAGAAAUCACUAUCGCAACCUCAAGAAAGUCGCGUUGAAGAUGCAGAGACGGUGGAGGGCGACGCAGGCGAUGAAACUGGAACGUUCCAAGUAUCUGGCGUACAAGGACGCCGUCCUAAGAGUGCAAUAUUGGUGGAGAUCCAGGAAGAUGAUGCUGGAGCAGCGUGAACGCUUCCUCCUCAUGAGACAGAGCGCUCUCGUCAUUCAGACUCACUGGCGACGAUGUUUAUCGGCGCGAAGAACGCGCGAUGACUUCCUGCGGACGAAAAUCGCCGUACGAUGCAUCGAGAGGUGGUGGCUGAGUGUCCUCGACAGGAAGAAGUUCCUCCUUCAUCGCCGGAGCGCUGUUCUCAUCCAGAGGACAUGGAGAGAGCGUCGAGCUCGCAAACGAGAAGCCGCCGUGCUGAAGAUACAGACCUGGUGGAGGGCGACGACGUGUUCGCGCAGGUAUCAGCUUCAGAGAUCUUGCUGCACCAGGUUGCAGCGCUGGUGGCGCGGGAUCCAAUCCGCGAGGCGUCAACGCGCGGAAUUCCUGCGAGUACGAGAAGCUACACUGAUCUUGCAGAAGAGCUGGCGGGCGAGGAUAGUCCAGAGACAGUAUCUGAAGGAACGGCGAGCAGCCUCGCUGAUACAAUCCUGGUAUCGUCGCGUCACUCUGACCAGAUCCACUCGACGACGUUACCUGAAGACGAGGGACGCUGCGGUACGAAUUCAGAACUGGUGGCGCAAUGUCACAACAGCUCGCCAGGAACGCAGAAGAUACCUGCGACUUCGCGAGGCCACCGUCCUUCUGCAAACCUGCUGGCGUCGACGUGUCCUGGCUCGCGCGGAUCGUCAGCGGUACCUGACGAAGAAAAGGGCCUGCGUCGUCCUGCAAGCCUGGUGGCGAAUGAUCAGAGCUGGAAGAGAGUACGAGCGAUACAAAAGCUGCGUGGUGAACGUACAAAGGAGGUGGCGAGCGAUGAGAGCGACUCGUCUUGCGAGAAGGGAGCAUCAGCUGACUCGAGCGGCCGUCAUCUUGCAGAGACACUGGAGAACCCUGAUGACGAGGCGACGAUUCGUCGCUUCGCGUCAGGCCACCAUCACCAUCCAGUCCUACUACAGAACCAGACUCGCCGUACAGCGAUACGAGACCGUCAAGUACGCCACAGUGAUUAUCCAAGAUUACUGGCGAGCCUACGUUCUAGGCAGGCAAGAAAGACUGCGUUACUUGAGCCUGCGUCGAGGAGUCGUCGCACUUCAGCGUCGCUUUAAGCAGAGAAGACUGGAACGCGAGGAGCUGCACCGGAAGUGGCAGCAGGACAUCGCCAUGAAGAUUCAAAACGAGUUAUCUGGCGAAGCUGUGCAGGUAGAUCUUCAGGAUGUUACCACGAGACUCGCCAUCCCGGACAGCGACUACUGGAAGGAGAUGAUUGAUAGUUUGCGCAACUGCAACAACGUCGGGACGCUCAUCACUUGUUUGAGCAGCUUGGAUACUAUAACGAAGUUAUCACCGACUCUCUCCGUCAUUCUCUGCGAGCUGAACCUGGCCGAUGACAUUUACAACACGAUAGCACAGAAUAAUAGAUCCCUGCCGUGGAUGAAGGUCUGUUUGCUAGCCUGCAACAUCCUGAUCACUCUGACCAAAUAUGAUUAUACAAGAAAAUAUAUCGUCAAAACCAAGUAUGCACUGGCGCUAAUGAAGCUUCUAAAUGGAUCGUUGAAGAACAAGGAGGUAUUCCUGCAUUGCGCCACACUAAUAUGGCUUCUUAGCCAGGAUGAAGAUUACUCGAAGGCCAUGAUGACAUGUUCGCAAACGAAUUGGUUGAUGAGAAACAUCCAACAAAAGAUCUUGAAGGAUGAUGUGGUGACAAAACUCCAAAAAUCAAAAGAUAUAGAGAAAUUAUAUCCCAGCUGUGAACCUGAUCGAAAUAAUGCGCAGAAACCGCGCCUAUUCACUGAUAUGAGUUUCGCCAUUGCAGCUAUUGUCAAAAUAAUUAAAUGACAUUAAUUCAUAAGGUUGGUAAGAUAAUUUGUUAACUUAAGAAAAAAGAUUUUACAUUAAUUUGUAAUAUGCGUGAUAUCGUUUUAAGUAUUGACAAAUCCUUACUGGAUUCUCUAAUUAUAAAAAUGUUAAAAGGAUCUCUGAAAGUCUAAAGAGGUAAUAACUGAAAAUUGAAGAAUGCAAAAAAAUAAAAACGAUUACUUCAAAA